AUGGCUCAAGUAGGCACCAAGGCCGGUAUGACAGAUGACUUGUUGGUGAUUGGAUGUAAAGAAAAGAUGAUUGAUGAAUUCAAAAUGCAAAUGCAAAAUGUUUUUGAAAUGACAGAUUUGGGAGUUAUGACAUACUUUCUUGGCGUGGAAAUAAACCAAUCUGAUCAAGGCAUUUUCAUAAGCCAACAUGCCUUUGCCUUGAAAAUUCUCAACAGAUUAUGCAUGUCAAAUUGCAAAACAAUCAGCACACCAGUGGCUCAAGAGGAGAAGCUGACUAGUAGUGGAAAUCAAGAGAGGGUUGAUGAGAAUGAAUAUCAAAGCCUAGUAGGUUGCUUGCUUUACUUAAGAGCAGCCAGACCUAAUAUCAUGUAUGCUAUUAUCUUACUAUCUAGGUUUUUGCACUGUUGUGAUGGUAGUCAUUUUAAAGCAGCAAAAAGAAUUCUUAGAUAUGUCAAGGAGACUUUGAGCUAUGGAGUGAAGUUUGAGAAGGGAAAUGAACUUAAACUGAUUGGAUAUUUUGAUAGUGAUUGGGUUGGCUCUGUCGAUGAAAUGAAGAGCCCCUCUGGCUACUUCUUUCCACUUGGCUCAAGUGUUUUUCGUUUGAGCUCAAAGAAGCAACAAACAGUUGCUCAGUCCACAGCUGAAGCAGAGUAUAUUGCAGGUGCUGCAGCUAUAAAUCAAGCAAUCUGGCUUAAGAAGCUGCUAAGUGACUUGAAUGAAGAACAGGUUGAAGGUACUGAAAUCAGGGUCGACAACCAAUCAGCAGUUGCCAUAGCCAAAAAUCCAGUUUUUCAUGUCCAAGGAAGAGUGUUAAGCAUUGGCCUGGAAUGCAACAAGCGACCAGCAGCUGAUCAACUAAAGACCAACAUUGGUGCUGAACCGAGUGCAUCAGCUUCCUUAACAUUUUGUUCAUUUUGUCACUAUGUAACUUAA